AUGGGGGCAGCACUACUCAGGACACAGGGUCCUGGGACGCUGGGACGCUGGGGCGCGGAUGCAGGAUGGGUUGUGGAGCUCUCGCCUACCCUUGCACUUCUCUAUCAACAUUUGCCAACGUUGAGGCUCCGCAACAAGGGCUACCACGUGUCGUUUGAUGACGAAUACUGCCACGUCAACCUAGCUUAUCCCAUCGUCUACACGCGACAGACGCUGAGAUAG